UCUCCUUCCUCUGCCCAGUCACUGUCCACACACAUCUCCCUUGUAGUUUUGUACCACCCCUCUCAUCUCAUCCGAUCCAAGCUAGACAAGUCCCGCACUGUGCUGUGGUGCUCCAUCUAGCUAGCUUUUCUUGCUUAGCUUCCAAAUCUGCUCCACUGCUCCAGCGGCACAAGAAAAUAUCAGCGGUGCGUGCGUGCGUCUCCGAGAGAUCAUCCAUGGAGAAGGACAACCACAAGGAGGGGGAGGGGGCGACCGCGUGGAUGACGGUGCCGGCGUUCGGGGACUGGGACAUGAAGAACGGCGCCAUGCCGGACUACUCCAUGGACUUCUCCAAGAUCCGGGAGAUGCGCAAGCAGAACAAGAAGGAGCUCUCCCGCGCCAGCCUCGGCGGCGACGACGACCUCCUCGCCCACCACAAGCAGCAGCAGCACCAGCAGCAGCCCGCCAAGGCUCCCCAGCCCACCAAGCUCGGCGCUCCGGCCAAAGACCACGGCCCGCUCCACGGCCGCGACCACUCGCCCACCGGAAGGAAGAGGUUCCUGAGCUAUUUCCAGUGCUGUAUCAAGGCCUGAAGACCAGCUGCUGCCACUGCCCUCCGUCGAGGUAUCACAGCAUGAAGCAGCUUAGCAAAUUUAGCCUAGGCUUCUUUGGUGUUUGGUCAAGCUUGCAACUCAAAUGUGUAAUAUAAUUCCACGUCCUGACGCUACCUGUUUAGAGCACGAAACGGUUUUAUGUGGGGAACAGAUUGCUCGUGAAUGUCAAGGUUACUAUCUUGCCUA